CAUGGCCAGGGUACCACAGUAUUUUAUGUCAUGGCUUCUGUGAGACCAGAAUACAACGAUAAGAUUCGAGGUCAUUAUAGUUUAGCACCCACUGCUUAUAUGAAUCAUAUGACCAGUCCACUAUUAAGACUUUUGGCAGUGGCUGAUGGAGGUCUGAGGUUCAUAUUUGAUUUGAUAGAAAUGUACGAGUUCCUUCCAAGCAAGGGUUUUCUAACUAUGGUUGCUAAAAAGUCUUGUGGGCAUGCCAUAUUUCAGCCUUUGUGUACCAACGCUCUUUUUGCACUUUGUGGUUUCAAUAACAAACAAUUCAAUGCUACCUUAUUGCCCAUCGUUAUGGGCCACACUCCUGCUGGAUCGUCCCUAAGACAAGUUUUACAUUACGCUCAACUUGUGAAUAGCGGUAAAUUCCGCCAAUACGACUUUGGUUUGUUUGGAAAUCAUAAGAAAUAUGGACGUCUAACACCUUCAAAUUAUAACCUUAAGAAGAUCACCGCUGCUGUUUAUCUUUUUUACAGCCACAAUGACUGGCUUGCAUCGGAAACUGAUGUAAGGAAGCUGAAACAACAAUUGGUUAAUACUCAAAUUAGUAAGCUGGUAUUAAAUACCAAUAAUCAAUUUAAUCAUCUGGACUAUCUUUAUGGAAUUGAUGCAAAAACUCUUGUUUAUGACAAGGUUUUCGAGGUAAUGUUACUUCACUAAAAGUUUUACAUAUUAUAACUCUCACAGAACCCAAAUAUAUUUCAAAUUUGAUUAAAA